CUAAAAAAUGUUAUUUAAGCUCUGCUUCGCGAGAGGAGCCGCCGAUCUCCCGUUUCAGAAGCCUGAAGCUGCCGGAGGAACCAUCUUACCCGGAACCGAACAAGAAGGCUGUCUGAGAAAUCACCAAGGACGGAGAAGAAGGCUACUCCUCUUUGCCGGCCGGUCGUCUUCGCCGGAGAAGCCCCAAACGACGGAGAAGAAGAACUUCUGAGAAACUCUAGGAUUAGUCCGCUGAGGAGUGGUUUGAACAAGAGGGAGAGCAAGGAUGCCACAAGUGAGGAUUGUCCCGAAGAACUUCAUGGACAUGGUGGCAGGGCUUCCUGCCAUGAAGCUCGACAAGCUCUACGAGAGCACCUUUAUUUGUGAGGCUGUGCUCAGAUCUUUGCCACCGUUGGCUAAGAAGUAUGCUUUGCAAAUGCUAUUUAUUGAAUCCCCAGUAACAGCUAAGUCAUUUGAAGAGUGGGUUCUGCCAGAUGGAUUCUCUAAGCAUAGAGUUGCAAUCGAGCGGUUAUUGCAGCUGAGAGUUUUUCUUGAAAUUAAUGACAGGAAGAAGGACACUAGUUACAGAAUGAAUCCUAUUUUUCAGAGCAGCUUGAAAAAGUACUUGGUACAAGGCGGUACUUUGUCUAGGGAGCCAAUGUCCUUGGGCGUAGCAGUGAGAUUGCCAACUUUGGAGGAAUUGGAAUCCUACGCAAACAAGCAAUGGGAGUGUUUCUUGUUACAACUCAUAAAUUCAGCUCAAGCAGAAAGGUUGACGAGUUUCAGUUCAUCUAUGAUCAGAGCCUUUCAGCGUGGCCUCUUGAGUUCCAGAGAAAAUGAUGCUUCAAGGUUAACGGAGCAUGGUUUCCAAUUCCUGCUGAUGGAUACAAAUGCUCAACUUUGGUAUAUAAUAAGAGAAUACAUUACAACUUCUGAGGAACGUGGAGUAGAUCCCACUGAUCUGAUUUCUGAUCUAAUUUCUUUUCUUCUUGAGCUAAGUUUUCAUUCAUUGGGAGAGGCUUACAAUAUGAACAGUCUGACUGAAGUGCAAAGCAGAACUGUGAAGGAACUCGCAGACCUGGGAGUAGUGAAACUCCAGCAGGGAAGGAAGGAAAGUUGGUUUAUUCCGACCAAAUUGGCUACCAAUCUCUCCAUUAGCUUGUCAGAUUCAUCGUCACGCAAGGAGGGAUUUAUGGUUGUGGAAACAAACUUCAGGUUGUAUGCUUACUCAACUUCCAAAUUACACAGUGAGAUUCUGCGCUUAUUUUCAAGGAUUGAAUACCAGCUGCCAAACCUUAUUGUUGGUGCAAUAACAAAGGAAAGCCUCUAUACAGCUUUUGAAAAUGGAAUCACUGCUGACCAGAUAAUUUCUUUCCUUCAGCAGAAUGCGCAUCCUCGAAUCGCUGAAAGAGUACCAACAGUGCCAGAGAAUGUCACUGAUCAGAUUAGGUUAUGGGAAACAGAUCGAAACCGGGUCGAGAUGAUUCCUUCACAUCUUUAUGAAGAUUUCCCAUCAAAGGAGUUAUUUGAAGGUGCUGCUGAUUUCGCACGGGAGUUCGGCGGAUUUUUGUGGGAAGACUCGAAGAAGAUGCGGUUGAUUGUUCGCGGCGAACUACACCAACAAAUGAGAGAUUUUCUCCGUCGCUCCAAGUAGAUGACUGGUGAUAUUCUUUUUUUGAGAAAAAUGUCAGAAUAGUCCAUCGACUCUCUUAACAUUUAGAAAAAAUAAUGAUUAAAUUGAUAUUUUUAUAGAGUUUGAGACUAAAAUAGCCCCAUGUAAAUAAUUAUAGGACGGACUAAUGUCGACACUAGUUGAUAUUUUAUUUUUGUCUCUGAAAUGAACACUGAAGCUAGAGAUGGCUUUGCCUCCUGCAUCAGCAGAGUUUCAGAAGAAUUCCAAGGAGUUACAGUUGCGGAUUUAAGGAAUUAUUCAAGGUUUAUGAGCUUCAGAACUUGGUGAUUAGGUGCUGGGUAGAUGUUACAGUUGUGAAUCUAUGUAGUUUUUGAAUGCAGUGCUUUUUAGAUUCUUUUCAUUUUUAGUAAUGUAUUAAAAAUGUGCUUUUAUAAGCAUAAUGAUUGGAUUAAACUAAAAUGAAUGUAUUGCUUUGGAAGAUAAUUGUGUUGGGUUGGAGUUUCAAAAG